CGCGACGCAUGAGCGCGCUCAGUCUUGAUCUAGCGUCGCGAUCGUUUGAAUGUGACUUUGCCCGUAGGAAUGGAUUCGUUGGCUAGGAAGUUGAUCGUGCUAUUCUUGCACAUUUUUGCAUCAGUUUUAGCGGUUCAGGCCCUUCGAUAUCAUUACGAAGAUUAUGACACACCUUCGGGAACCUGCCGUGAACAUGAGGUGUGUAAUAUUGUACAUCAUCGUUACUGGAUGCCGAGCGCGGUUGAAAAAAUUUGUCGAUGUCCAUUGAAUACGCCCAGCUGUCCAGUGACCUACGCUAAACAUGGCCAUAUCAUGAAUGUUAAUAGUCGCACGCAGAUGAAAUUUUGUUCGCCGCUGAAUAAGUUGCAGAAGUGUAAGCCCAACGAAAUAGCGUUGCAGAAAAAGACGCUUUAUCAGAAAUAUGGCGUUAAGAAUGUGGCAAUUGUCGUGCGAUGCAUUUGCGACAAUCAGCAGCAACAUUGGACCUUCAUCAAUCAAACUGGGGAAAACUUUGACGAAAAAAAGCACGAGAUGACUUUGGUGGAUAACUAUCGAUGUGUUGCUCUUGAUCGAUGUAAACCGUAUGACUUCUGUGGAUACGCCAGACGCGAUUAUGGAUUUAUUUUUCAUCGUUGCUCCUGUCCGAUGUCUCACCAGUGUAAAUUUGAUAUCGAUGAGGAUCAGAACGAAGUUAGCGAACUGUUUUAUCGAGGACCAGCUUACAUGGCACGAUGCAUGCCGAUCUACGAUUACGAUUGGUGGUGAUAGAAUGGGUUUUUUUUUUGUUAAUUUUAAGGUUUGCUUAUGGGGAUUUUUUUUUAUUAUCUGACAAUUUGCGCCGGGGGUCUUCAGAUUUCCCCCAAAAUUGAAAAUUUAGUUCAUUUUUGCGAUUUAAAAACACAUGUAUUUUUUCAGAUUUCUAACAUUUUUAUUUUUUGAGUUAGCUUCGGUUAGAUUUUUUGUAAAUAAAAAAUAAGCAUUUUUCAAAGCUACAUAACUCUGGUGUUUCUCAACGGAAAUUAUAAAAUAGCACAUCAAAAUGCAUUGAAAUUUUAUCAGCUUUCCAAAUAGAAUAGUUGAAAAAAAUUAAAUAAUGACCUUCAACAUGAAAAGUUGUAAAUAAACUUAAAAUGGCGUCUAAAAGUACCGUCUGCACCACCGAAUAUUUUGCAAAAAAUAACAAUGUAUAGCUCGAUUCAUGAUCCAACUUUCAUCUGAAGACACCAAAGUGGGCCAUUAACACCUUGAAGAGUUAUGAAAGAAAUAAUGACAACAAAUCUCUUUUUUUGCAUCGAAAACAAACAAUGGUGGAACAACUGCACUCACAUAUGGAGAUAGCAAGCACUUCUAACAACAUGGAAACAAAAGAACUUUGUAGAGUGUUUGCAGCAAAACUGACUUUAAAUUUUAACCAAAAUUCUGAGUAUCGUAUUGUUUAAGUGAUAUUACUAAUAAUGGGAAUGUUGCUUUUACAACCUGGUCAUAUACUAUAUAACUUAUUAAUUUUUCGAUCAAAGAUCAUUGUGAAGCAUAAUCAAUGCCAAUAGUAGAAGGUUCAGUCCCUGUGUUUGGGAUCACAAAAAUGUGAUUAAAAAAAUGAAAUAUAGACGUGCUUUACAUAGUAUUUAUAUCGGGAGCUAAGCACUGGACACCAAAAUCCUUUCCCAUUGAUCAAAAAGUAUGAGAAAGUGGCACAAAUGUUGUAGAAAUAAUCAAAGAGCUCAGUAUGGCCAGCCCAGACUGUAAAAUGAUGAAAAUAUGAUACUUUUACCGUAUUCGUUUUCUACAUUCGCCCAGUUUUGAGGUUUACCAUACUAGAACGAACAUAAUUCGUCGUCAGUGUUUUGCUAUCUCGAUCGCUCACACACGAAUCUUCAGUGUUCCACCGUCCAUUUUAAAUCAAAUCUGGGGAAUUACGGAUGUAAAACUUAGCGCAUAAACUUCCAAAAAUUACAGUAAAAUGUGCAUAACUGGAUGUGACCUAGGUAUAAACAAAUACGUUAUUAGAUUUUUGGAGAUAAUAUGAAGUCAGUUAAGCUGCAAUAAUCUACCGCCCCUUCUUUCAUAACAGUCCCAUAUACAAAAAUAAGCAAGCGAGACAAUCAGCUUUUUCUGUUUUGGAAUAUAUUUUUAAAUUGUGACCACCACUUUCAGCAUAAACGAAAAUCGUUUCUAGGUUGUCAUAAUAAAUCGUUAGGCCUGAAAUUUUCGAAAUUGGGUUAUUGGUAAGGUCGAGAGCACCAUUUUUAUUCAUUAUGGGACUGUUAAUCGACCAUAUUUGAAACCUUUUUCGAAUCUACUAGCAUUACAGUCCCAUACAAAAUAUAUUUUUCUCACCAAGCUACUUUCUAAGACUUAAAUUUGAUCAUUUUUGAACUUCUAAAUGCUUUUGUCAGAAAAAGAAACAUACUUUUGCAAAAAAUAUCAUGAAUUCCACAUUGUAAGUUGAAUUUUUUUACGAUUUUUGAUUGCAUCCGAUAGUUUUUCGCUCAGGAAGUCAUUCCUAAGAAAGUCAGGCCUGCCUUCGAAAACUAGUGUGCAUCAUUCGACAACAAGUGAGUUUAAAAAAUGUUUAAAUGAUUCAAAGCAAUAAACCAAAGACUAUUUCGCCGAAAGAAACAUUGAAAAGUAACCAAAUCCGUGGUAUUUCACAUAUGGGACUGUUAUUCAGGUAUAUUUCAUCUAGGACAGCCACGAAUUGAUAUUUUUUUCGAAAUUUCUAGAACAAAACCUCUUUUUUAGUCUUUUAUGUUGAAGCCUUAUGUUGACCUAAAAUGACGAAAAUUCAUAUGGGACUGUUAUGCGAGUAAGGGCAGUCUGAAAAGGACGAAAAAAUAGUGUUUUUUACCAGCUUUGAUAAAUUCUUUUGUUUCCUUGUUGUUAGAAGUGCUUGCUUUCUCCAUAUGUGAGUGCAGUUGUUCGACCAUUGUUUGUUUUCGAUGCAAAAAAAAGAGAUUUGUUGUCAUUAUUUCUUUCAUAACUCUUCAAGGUGUUAAUGGCCCACUUUGGUGUCUUCAUAUGAAAGUUGCAUCAUGAAUCGAGCUAUACAAUAGUAUUUUUUGCAAAAUAUUCGGUGGUGCAGACGGUACUUUUAGACGCCAUUUAAAGUUUAUUUACAACUUUUCAUGUUGAAGGUCAUUAUUUAUUUUUUUUCAACUAUUCUAUUUGGAAAGCUGAUAAAAUUUCAAUGCAUUUUGAUGUGCUAUUUUAUAAUUUCCGUUGAGAAACAACUGAGUUAUGUAGCUUUGAAAAAUGCUUAUUUUUUAUUUACAAAAAAAUCUAACCGAAGCUUACUCAAAAAAUAAAAAUGUUUUAUUUUUAUUUACAUAGUAUUCCGUCUUACGACAUAACUUGACGAACAUAAUUCCUAAAAUUCACUCGGUCCAUGGCAACCGUUCUCCAAUUUCUCGGGCACCCCACGUUCGCCAGAUCACGCUCCACUUGGUCUAACCACCUCGCUCGUUGCGCCCCCGCUCGUCUUGUUCCUACCGGAUUCGUAGCGAACACCUGUUUUGCAGGACAGUCGUCCGGCAUUCUCGCAACAUGUCCUGCCCAGCGUAUCCGGCCAGCCUUAACCACCUUCUGGAUACUGGGUUCGCCGUAGAGUCGCGCGAGCUCGUGGUUCAUCCUUCGCCUCCACACUCCGUUCUCCUGUACGCCGCCAAAGAUGGUUCUUAACACUCGUCGCUCGAAUACUCCGAGUGUACGCAGGUCCUCCUCGAGCAAUAUCCAUGUCUCGUGCCCGUAGAGAACAACCGGUCUAAUAAGCGUCAUAUACAGGUUACACUUUGUGCGAGGGCUAAGUCUUCUCGACCGCAGUUGCUUGUGGAGUCCAUAGUAGGCACGACUUCCGCUGAUAAUUCGCCUCCGGAUCUCACGGCUGGUGUCAUUGUCUGCGGUCACCAGUGAGCCGAGAUAGACAAAGUCUUCGACUAUCUCCAGCUCGUCGCCGUCGAUCGUGACCUUGUUAUUACUGGACAAGCGGGUUCGGUCGGUCUCGGAUCCGCAGGCCAGCAUGUACUUCGUCUUGGACGUAUUAAUCAUCAACCCAAUCCUUCCUGCUUCGCGUUUCAGUUUGCGGUAGAUCUCCUCCACCGCCGCAGAUGAUCUGCCGACUAUGUCAAUGUCAUCGGCAAAGCAGAUAAGUUGACUGGAUCUGUUGAAAAUCGUGCCCCGCAUUUCGCCCACCGCUCGUCGAAUAACACCUUCUAGCGCCACGUUGAACAUCAUGCAGGAUAGACCAUCACCUUGUCGAAGCCCCCUGCGCGAUUCGAAUGAACUCGACAAUUCACCCGAAAUCCGCACACAGCACUGCGUUCCAUCCAUCGUCGCCUUGAUCAGUCUGAUCAGCUUCCCGGAAAAGCCGUUCUCGUCCAUGAUUUUCCAUAGCUCGUUACGGUCGAUCGUGUCGUAUGCGGCUUUGAAGUCGAUGAAUAGAUGAUGCGUAGGGACUUGGUGUUCACGGCAUUUUUGGAGGAUUUGCCGUAAUGUGAAUAUCUGGUCCGUCGUAGACCGUCCCUCCAUGAAGCCGGCCUGAUGACUUCCCACGAAUCUGUUUGCUUGUGGCGUUAGGCGGCGGAGUAGGAUUCGGGACAACACUUUGUAGGCGGCAUUGAGGACAGUGAUCGCUCGGUAGUUCUCACAGUCCAAUUUGUCGCCCUUCUUGUAGAUGGGGCAUAUUACCCCCUCCUUCCACUCCUCCGGUAGCUGUUCAAUGUCCCAGAUCCGGAUUAUCAACCGGUGUAGGCAAUCGGCCAACCUGUCCGGGCCCAUUUUGAUGAGUUCAGCUGCGAUGCCAUCCUUCCCAGCCGACUUGUUUCUAUUCAGCUGGCGAAUGGCUUCCUUAACUUCACUCAUCGUUGGGAGUGGCUCGUCUUCGUCGUUGGCUACGCCGGCGAUGUACCUUCCCCCACCGUCUUGAUCUCCUGCAUGUGCGCCGUUCAGGUGUUCAUCGAAGUGCUGCUUCCACCUUUUGAUCACCUCACGAUUGUCCGUCAGGAUACCCCCGUCCUUAUCCCGGCACAUUUCGGCUUGCGGCACGAAGCCUUUGCGGGAUGCGUUGAGUUUCUGAUAGAACUUUCGUGUUUCUUGGGAACGAUGCAGCUGCUCCAGCUCCUCGAGCUCCUCCUCCUCCAGGCGGCGCUUUUUCUCCUGGAAAAGUCGGACUCGCUGCCUCUUCCGCUGUCGGUGAUUUUCCACAUUUCGACGGGUGCCUCUCUGCACUACUGCCGCCCGCGCGGCAUUCUCUUCGUCCAUCACCCUCCUACACUCCUCGUCGAACCAGUCGUUCCGUCGAGAUCGCUCCACAUAACCGAUGACGUUCUCCGCAGCACUGUUGAUGGCUGUUUUGAUGGUAUCCCAACAGUCCUCGAGAGGGGCUUCGUCAAGCUCGCCCUCUGCCGGCAGCGCUGCUUCGACCGAUUGCGCGUAGUCUGCCGCGACCUCAGGUUGCUUCAGUCGCGCGAUAUUUAACCGAGGCGGGCGCCGGUUUCGCGUGUUGUUCACUACGGAGAGUUUUGGGCGCAUCUUCACCAUCACCAGAUAAUGGUCCGACUCGAUGUUGGCGCCCCGACAAGAUCUGACGUCGAUGAUGUCCGAGAAGUGCCGGCUGUCGAUCAAAACGUGGUCGAUCUGUGAUUGAGUUUGGUACGGUGAUCUCCAGGUGUACUUGUGUGGGAGGCGGUGCUGAAAAAAGGUACUACGUACGGCCAUUCGUUUGGAGGCGGCGAAAUCGAUAAGUCUGAGGCCGUUUUCGUUGGUCAGCUGGUGCGCACUGAACCUUCCAAUUGUCGGUUUGAAUUCCUCCUCCUGGCCGACCUGAGCAUUGAAAUCCCCGAUGACGAUCUUGAUAUCAUGUUUUGGGCAACGGUCGUAUUCACGCUCCAGCUGCGCGUAAAAUUCGUCUUUGUCGUCACCGGUACUUCCGAGGUGAGGGCUGUGCACGUUGAUGAUGCUGAUGUUGAAGAACCGGCCCUUGAUUCUCAACCGGCACAUUCGUGAGUUGAUCGGCCACCACCCGAUCACGCGCUUUUGCAUCUUUCCCAUCACUAUAAAAGCUGUUCCAAGCUCGUGUGUGUUGCCGCAGCUCUGGUAGAUGGCACGACCAUCUGGGUACGUUCGUACCGUGGAGCCCUUCCAGCAUACCUCCUGCAGCGCUACGAUGUCGAAUUUGCGGCUCUUCAAUUCGUUGGAGAGCACGUGGGUACUGCCCACAAAAUUUAGAGAUCGGCAGUUCCAUGUUCCAAGUUUCCAAUCGUUAGUCCCUUUUCGUCGCGUGGGUCUUUGCCGAUUUCCAUCCGAAAUUUGUUGUUCGUUAUUCGUUGCUUAAGUUUUUUAGUAGUCACAGGCUCGCAAGGCCCGCAGCUAACCCCACUAUCUCGCAGGAGGACCGUCGUGAUGUUGCUGUUUUGGGUCCCGAACACCACCAGGACGCUGUUGCACUCCGUACGCCGCCCCUAACAUGGAGAACAGACGCGUACGAAGCCCCCUAACUCAUUCUGCAUGCGACCAAAGCAUCCACCAGGGUUGGGUACCCGAUCUCCGCUAAGGUUGCUCGCACCCCAGCUAGCACCACGGGGAGGUAGAGAAUCGGAGUUGCAGACAAGAGGUGAUAUGACCACUACCCGAAGGUUGGGUGUAUGGGGUCUCGAGUUGCACAUUGUCUAC